AGAAGUUUGCAGUCUCACGUUGUCGGGUCGGUUUAGACCCAGGAAGCCGAAAAAAGGCGAUUUUUAUUUAUUUAUUUAUUUUUUCACCCGAAAUCAAAGAAAGCUCGGUCCGAGCCGGUGAGGAGCCUCUUCCCCUUCAUCUGCUGCCCCUUAUUUUCAAGAAUCGGGUGAACAGUUUCUCUUCUGCAACCCAAUCCGAUAAUUGGGAGUGCUGAGUGGCCGCAGAGGGCGGUAGGGAGACUUCUUUGGAUCAGCUUCGUCAUUGAGCUUCGAAGUGAUCGGAGCAUCUUGAAUUUGUGUACUCGACCUUGGCGGAGGUUCAAUCAGAUAGUGCUUACUCUUGUUGGGUCUUGGCGGAUUCGGGUACUGGUGAUCAUCAGUGUAGAUCGCAAAAUAUGAGCUUUCAUGUCCGAAAUGAGCGCAGAGCCGGGUUGAGAUUUCAAGCUCCGAAUGCCCGACAGGAGUGGGUCCCUAGAGGAUCUGCGAAUGCUCCUCCUCCUGCUGCUACUCCUGUCAACCCACCAUCGAGCUUUAAUCUGAACUCUAAUGGAAAUGGCGGUGACUCGAAUAACUCCACAGCUGCACCUGACAGUCGGGUGCGCAAUGGACGGAGAUUUGCUAGCUCUCAUGGGUGCAAUGGGCUGAGUGAUCAUGUUCCUGUUCCCAGGGCCAAUCAUGGACCGAGGGGCCACUCAAGUCGACCCAUGAGCCAACGAAGGGGGAAAGAGAAGGAGAAAGAUCGGAGUGGCGAUCCCCUUGAUGAAUCCAAGUUCUUUAAGGACCCGAACCUUCCCCAACUGGUGCAGGAGAUUCAGGAGAAGCUUACCAGAGGCGCUGUUGAAUGCAUGAUCUGCUAUGAGAUGGUCCGUAGGACUGCUACCAUCUGGUCCUGCUCGAGCUGUUAUUCAAUCUUCCACCUCAACUGCAUAAAGAAGUGGGCCCGCGCCCCCACAUCCGUGGACUUGUCUGCUGAGAAGAGCAGUGGUAAUAACUGGCGUUGCCCGGGAUGCCAACGGGUGCAGCUAACAUCGUCCAAGGAAAUUCAGUAUUUGUGUUUCUGUGGGAAAAGGACCGACCCACCGUCUGACUUGUACUUGACCCCACAUUCCUGUGGUGAGCCCUGUGGGAAGCCAUUGGAGAGAAAUGUACUUUCUACGGGUGAGAGUGCAGAGGAUCUCUGCCCCCAUGUCUGUGUCUUGCAGUGCCAUCCAGGUCCAUGCCCUCCUUGCAAGCAAUUUGCUCCUCCAAGGGUUUGCCCUUGCGGCAAGGAAACUAUCACGACACGAUGCUCUGACAGGAAGCCUGUUCUCACUUGUGGCCAGCGUUGUGAUAAGCUUCUUGAUUGUGGACGCCACCAGUGCGAGCGGUCCUGCCAUGUGGGCCCCUGUGAUCCCUGUCAGGUGCUCUUCAAUGCAUCUUGCUUCUGCAAGAAAAAGGUUGAGGUUGUUCUUUGUGGAGACAUGGCUGUGAAGGGUGAGGUGGACAUGGAGAGUGGAGUUUUCUCAUGUACUUCUUCUUGCGGAAAGAAGCUCAGUUGUGGUAAUCACGAUUGUCUCGAAGUGUGCCACCCAGGGCCUUGCGGGGAUUGCGCCUUAACACCGGGAAAGGUUAGAACCUGCUACUGUGGGAAUACAAACUUGCAGAUGGAGGAAAGGAAGAGCUGUUUGGAUCCGAUUCCGACUUGUUCUGAAGUGUGUGGGAAGCUUCUCCCUUGUAAGAUCCACUCAUGUAAAGACAAGUGUCAUGCUGGGGAUUGCGGACCUUGUCCAGCGACUGUGACACAGAAGUGCAGAUGCGGGUUAACCUCUAGAACUGUCAAGUGCUAUCAGACAGUAGAGGAGUCAUUCACGUGCGACAAACCGUGUGGGAGGAAGAAGAACUGUGGUAGACACCGAUGCAGUGAGCGGUGCUGCCCCUUGUCGAACUCCUCCUCCUCAUCUAGUAGGACUGGUGGUGAGUGGGACCCUCAUUUCUGCUCAAUGCCGUGUGGGAAGAAGCUUCGGUGUGGACAGCACUCUUGUGAAACUCUCUGUCACAGUGGGCAUUGCCCUCCUUGCCUUGAGACAAUCUUCACAGACUUGACCUGUGCCUGUGGGAGGACCUCAAUUCCUCCUCCAUUGCCUUGUGGGACCCCUCCUCCCUCGUGCCAACUCCCCUGCUCGGCUCCUCAACCGUGCGGGCACUCUUCCUCUCACAGCUGCCACUUCGGGGAGUGCCCUCCUUGCUCAGUUCCGGUGGCAAAGGAAUGCGUUGGAGGACAUGUGAUCCUUCGUAACAUUCCUUGUGGAUCCAAGGAUAUUCGAUGCAAUAAACUCUGUGGCAAGACUCGGCAGUGUGGGCUCCAUGCUUGCGGGCGGACUUGCCACCCACCACCUUGUGAUAUGAACAUGCCCGAGGACCCUAACCAGAAGGGCUCGUGCGGGCAGAUAUGUGGGGCCCCCAGGAGAGACUGUAGACAUACAUGUAAAGCACCUUGUCACCCUUUGGCUCCUUGCCCUGAUAAUAGAUGUGAUUUUUCCGCCACAAUCACUUGCUCAUGUGGCCGUUUGUCGGCCACUGUGCCCUGUGAUGCUGGCGGGUUGAGUGGUAACUUUGCUACUGAUAAUGUAUUUGAAGCUUCCAUUAUUCAGAAGUUGCCGGCACCCCUUCAACCUGUGGAAAGUACUGCUGGGGGGAAGAAAGUCCCACUCGGGCAGAGGAAGCUCAUGUGUGAUGAGGAAUGCUCGAAAUUGGAGCGGAAGCGGCUUCUUGCUGAUGCCUUUGAUAUUGCGACCCCGAACUUGGAGGCCCUCCAUUUUGGGGAAAGUUCAACAAUCUCUGAGUCGGUUAUGGAUCUCUUUAGGCGCGAUCCAAAGUGGGUUAUGGCUGUUGAGGAGAGAUGCAAGUUCUUGGUUCUUGGGAAAGGCCGAACAGGAAGCAAUGGUCUCAAGGUUCAUGUCUUUUGCCCUAUGCUCAAGGAGAAGAGAGAUGCAGUCAGGUUAAUUGCCGGGAGAUGGAAGCUUGCAGUCAACUCUGCUGGUUGGGAGCCCAAGCGGUUUGUGGUGGUUCAUGUGACCUCGAAAUCAAAACCGCCAUCUCGAGUUCUAGGUGUAAAAACUGUGAAUUCCCCUCAUCCACCAGUUUUUGACCCAUUGGUGGAUAUGGACCCGAGGCUUGUGGUGUCAUUCUUUGACCUCCCAAGGGAGUCCGACAUAACCGGGCUCGUCCUGAGGUUUGGAGGGGAAUGUGAGCUCGUCUGGCUCAAUGACAAGAAUGCGCUGGCAGUUUUUGGGGACCCUGCUCGGGCUGCUACUGCCCUCAGGAGACUAGACCAUGGUUCGGUUUAUUAUGGGGUGGCUGUGGUGGUGGUUCAGAAUGGACCCCCCUCCGCACUGGGAGCUAAUGUAUGGGGGGGAGCAGCGGUGUCCGCUUCUUCGAAGGGGAACCCAUGGAAGAAGGCUGUGAUACAAGAGGCAGGAUGGAAGGAGGAAGAUGACUGGAGCACGAGAAACAGUUCUUCCGACCUUCAGGCCACGGUUCUGAGCGGGAAAGAACCGCCCAUUUCUGCUUCAGUUAACCGCUGGAGCGUGUUGGAUUCUGAAACAGGCAACAGAACCUCUGCUUCCUCUGUUCCGUCCUCUUCUCUUAGGAUUGGGGAUUCCUCGAAACCGGCAGGAGGGACUUCGCAUUCUUCCUCGGUGUCGGAGGCAGCGAAUCCUGGUAUGGAGUCAAGCGAGGUGGUUGACGACUGGGAAAAGGCUUACGACAAAGAGACACGGAAGCACGUUGCUCUCUUGUCGUUCCAGAGCCUCGGAGUAGUCUAUGGCCGUAUAAGCACGGCUCCGUUGUACGUUUUCCAGAUGAUCCUGACAGAAGAAUUCAUAUCAGAUCAGACAGUGUAUGAGUUCUUCUCCUUCAUCUUUUGGACUCUCACCAUCAUUUCCUUGCUCAAGUACGCAUUCAUAGUUCUCAGGGCCGAUGAUGAUGGAGAAGGUGGUCCUUUUGCUCUGUACUCGUUACUGUGCAGGCACGCGAAAGUUGGCCUCCUGCCCUGCGACAGGAGUGCUGAUGAAGUUAUGCAUUUGGAUGAGACCCCAGAAAAAAAGAGCAAGAGGGAUUCGAGGGCUCGGAGGGCCCUUCAAAAGUAUAAGAUCUGCCACUACGUUAUGCUGAUCUUGGCUUUGUUCGGUGCUUGUAUGAUAAUCAACGAUGGGGUCUUCACACCUGCUAUCUCUGUUCUAUCAGCCUCAAAAGAAGUUGAACGAUCACUAAUUGAAAUUUCUCAGCACUUGCCCUUCAAAAACCAUGCGAAAGUUGCGGAUGCCUUGGAAAAAUAUGUACCAGUUCCUUCCGCUUGCGCAAUACAGAUAGUCCUCUUCACCCUGCAGCACUACGGGACUCACAAGAUUGGAUUCUUGUUUGCACCGAUCAUCACCAUUUGGCUUCUCUUCAUCAGCGGAAUGGGCCUCUACAACAUCAUACACUGGAACCCGAAGAUCCUCUAUGCAAUAUCCCCGACUUACAUGUACAGAUUCAUCAGGAACAUCGAUAGAAACAGCUGGAGAUCUUUGAGCAGCAUUCUCCUUUGCAUCGGAGGAUCUGAGGCAAUGUUUGCUGAUUUGGGUCACUUCUCGAAGAAGUCGAUUAAGAUUACGUUCGCUUCCUUUGUUUAUCCAGCUCUCAUCUUAUCUUAUGCGGGGCAAUCUGCAUUCAUAUCGAAGAACUGGGGCAGGAGGGUAACUGACUUCAAUCAUCUCGGUAAAUCUAUACCCGAACAUGCUCGGCACGUCUUUGUGUUUCUAUCGCUGUUUGCUUCAGCAGUUGGGAGCCAAGCUUUGAUAACGGCCAGUUUCUCCAUCAUAAACCAGUGCCUGGCACUUGGCUGUUUCCCACGGUUAAAGGUCGUACAUACAUCGGAGAAGAUUCACGGGCAGGUUUACAUUCCCGAUGUGAACUGGGUGCUAAUGGCCCUCAGCCUUUCUGUGACGAUCGGUUUUCAAAGUAUUCAGCGGAUAGGGUACUCUGCAGCCGUGGCUGUUGUUUGCGGGAUGCUGGUGACUACUUGUCUGAUGUCCCUCGUGAUCGCUCUGUACUGGGAGAGGAGCCUCGUCCUCUCGGCAUUCUUCCUCAUAUCCUUCGGUUUCGUCGAGGCCAUGUACCUCUCAGCUUGCCUGUGGAACUUCCACAAGGGAGCGUGGUACCUCGUCGUGCUCUCAGUUCUGUUCCUGACCAUCAUGCUUGCCUGGCAUUACGGGACAAUGCAGAAGUACGAGUUCGACCUGCAGAACAAGGUCUCGAUCGAGUGGCUCACAGACUUCGGCCCUGGCCUUGGGAUCUCAAGGGUACCCGGAAUCGGAUUUAUCCACACCGACAUCAUCUCAGGGAUCCCUGCCUUCUUCUCGCACUUCAUCACGAAUCUCCCUGCCUUCCAUCAAGUCCUGAUCUUUGUGUCCUUCAAGCCUCUUCCCCUCCCAUAUGUUUCGGCAGAUCAGAGGUACCUUAUCGGGCGAGUGGGCCAUAAGGACUAUAAGAUAUACCGUUGCAUCGUAAGGUAUGGUUACUGUGACGGUCUCGGGGACACAAACGAUUUUGAGGAGCAAAUCAUCGGUUCGAUAGGAGAGUUCAUAUCCCUGGAAGAGAGCGACAUCGAAUCGCUCACCUCUCCUGAAGGGAGAUUGAUCGCCAUUAGGACGCCAAACGAAGACGAGAAGGCCCUUCUAUCCGUCAACAGCACUGACUCAUUGAUCUGCCCUGCAGUCUCGCCGAGCAAGGAGACCCUGGCAGGGCCGUCCCGUGGCAUCCCAGUCAAGAGGAAGAAAGUCCGGUUCACCCUUCCAUCGAUGAGUCCUAAAAUGACUGCAUCAGCAAGGGACGAGCUGCAGGAACUGGUCGAUGCUCGGGAGAGCGGCAUGACCUACUUCCUGGGGCAGUCCCAUCUGAUGGUACGAGACGGAUCAAACAUCCUGAAGAGAAUGCUGAUUGCGGUGUAUGUCUUUCUCGACAAAAACUCGCGGGAGCCACCCUUGGCACUGGACAUCCCUCAUGUGGCCCUCGUCGAGGUCGGCAUGGUCUAUACCAUAUGAUCACAUCACAUUGGGCACGAAACCAUGUGAUGAUCUAUCUAAUUGUGUCAUAUACAUACACAUGUAUAUAUAAAUGUGGUCUCAAACCAAGAGUUAAAUAAUCCAUUUCCUAAGGGGUCUUUUUAGCAUAA